UAUCGGGAGCCAACCACCCUUUAAAUAUAUCUUCAACUAACCAUUUAUUUUGAAAAUUACGAGCAUGCUUUUUAAUGGCUCCCUUUUUAUUUUGGUUGUCCAUAUUACAUUUAAUACUAAAUAAUAAAAUGUUAUACUUACCUUAACCUACAUCCUAGUCUACAGCCCGCCAAAACGCUAGUGCCGGUUACACGUAUGUCAUGUUACGGCCCUAGAUUUACUGUCGGUCAUAAUGCGCAUGCGCGAGCGUCCCUGUAGGCCUAUUCUCUAACUCCGUAACGACAAUAUCACCAGCUAGAGAUAUCGUUACGUGGACUUAUCGACAUGGUAACGAAAAAUGGUAUUCUGUAACUUUUCGUAACGAUAAAUGUCGAUAAAAGUGUCGAUUCGUAUCGAAUUUUGUCGUUAAGAUAUCGAGGGGUAUCGGACCCCUCGAUAAGCAAUAGCGACAACAUAACCAGACGUAUCGGCCAAUAGCGAGUGGUUCUGAGUGGAGUUGCUUAUAGUUUUCCAGUAGUGAUUGUUAAGAGAAACACGCAAAAAAACAAUAUUACAGCAAAAUAUUGUAAAAUGGCUGAAGGAUAUUUAGCAAUAAAUAUGCUUUUUCUUCAAGAAAGAGUAAGGAGAAUAGAAAGAAAAUUAGAGAGGAGAAUAUUGCGUGAUGCUCAAAACCCAUUUGAGCUUCCUAACGAUGAGUUUAUUGCUCAAUUUAGAGUAAAUAAAGAAUUGGCCAUGAAUGUUGUUAACAUUCUGAGACCACAUUUACAAAAACGUCGUAUAACCGCAUUAUCUCCAGAGAUUCAAGUUCUGGUUGCAAUUGGCUUCUUUGCUAAUGGCAGUUACCAAAGACCAGCUGGUAAUCAAUGCGAAUUGAUUGUGAGCCAACCAUGUGCUAGUCGUUGCAUUAGAAAAGUUGCACAAUUAAUUAAUGUACAUUUGUUGCGUCAAUGGAUAAGAUUUCCUAUGACGGCAAAUGAAAGGACAGUUGCAAAGAAUAAGUUUGCAUUAGCUCCGCAACCAUUUCCUGGUGCCAUUGGUGCAAUAGAUUGCACAUUCAUCAAUAUGAUUGCACCGUAUGUACACGAGGAGGCUUAUGUAAACCAUCACGGAAAUCAUUCUUUAAAUGUUCAAGCAAUAGUUGAUCCAGAUUUAAAAAUACUGAACAUUAACGCACGAUAUCCAGGAGCAAGGAAUGAUGCUUACAUAUGGAAUGCUUCCCCAAUAAAAAAUGUCAUGGAACAUUUUUAUAACAAUGGUGAAAAGAGAACUUAUUUGAUUGGUGAUGCUGGAUACCCCCUAGAACCAUGGCUCAUGACACCACUGCCACAUUAUCCACAACAAAGUCGACAAUUUCAAUAUAAUGAAAAGUUAUGCAAAGCUAGAAGCAUCGUGGAGAGAUUUUUUGGAGUACUUAAGGGAACAUGGAGAUGUUUGUCUUACCAACGGGUACUGAUGUAUGCUCCGGAAAUGGUAGGACAGAUCGUAAAUGCAUGUGCAGUUUUACAUAAUAUGCGCCUGCAAUAUCGAUUACCAUUCGACAUAGAAGAUUUACAAAAUGAGUAUGCAGAACCUGAUGACAGAAACAACGAUGAGGCAGAAAUGCAAGAUGGAAUUUGUAGAGGACCUAGAGCGGUCGCACAACGGAUCCAGAAACAAAUAAUGCGGGAAUUGUUUCCCAAUUAUUAUUGUGCAUGGGAUGAGAGAAAUGAAUAGGAUUGAAAAAAUUAAAAUGUACAAUUAAAAAUUAUGUAUUUCGAAUAAAAAAAACUAUAUAAGUAUAUAUAACGAAGUCGAAAGAUAUGAAUAAAAAACAUUUAUGUAGUCUCUUUAUUUAAUAAAUCAAAAAUGAUUUGUAGUAUUUUGGUUUG